AUUAGCGGCCAUAUUAGUCAAGCCCUUUCUUUCAUUCUAGGAGACAAAGUACUAAAGGAGGAGGUUGUGUGGGAUUUGUCGCUUUUUUUCUUUUGCAACUUUCCUAACACAUUUGUUUUACUUUUUAACAUUUUUAUAUUUUCUUUUCAUACCCCUACUAAACCAAUACGCGCUUAUAUUUAUAGCCUACAUAUUUGCAAGAAAAAAGGCGCUUUUUUAAAUCGGCAGUGUCCUCGGUGUAUUGUGCUUUUUAUAUUACUUGUAGAAGUGUUAAACAGGCUUUAUUUAAAGUUUAUAUUUUACCUCCUGUAUUUUUUUUAUCAUCUUUGCCGGUUGGCGCUUCUGUCCGCUUUACUUGUUUUUUUUGUCACAAUGGCGACGGCAACUUCCACCCCAGCUGGUCAAAGAAUAAGCAGUCGCUCCAGCGCUGGAAGCACCCCUUUGAGUCCUACCAGGAUAACCCGGUUGCAGGAGAAAGAUGAUUUGAGGAACCUGAACGACCGUCUGGCAGUCUACAUUGACAAGGUGCGGAGCUUGGAAUCCGAAAACAGCGUCUUGCAGUUGCAGAUCUCCGAGAAAGAAGACGUACGGAGUCGGGAGCUCACCGGCUUGAAAUCUCUGUAUGAAAACGAGCUCGCAGACACAAGGAAAUCCCUGGAUGAUACAGCCAGAGAAAGAGCCAAGCUGCAGAUUGAACUGGGCAAGAUCAAAACGGAGCACGAGCAACUUCUGCAAAACUAUGCAAAGAAAGAGGCCGAACUCAAUGGAACCCAGGCCAAGCUUAAAGACAUGGAGGCAUACCUCAACUCCAAAGAGGCAGUCCUGGCCACAGCACUGUGUGACAAGAGAUCCCUGGAGGCCAGCCUGGAAGAUCUGCAAGAUCAUGUUAUACAACUGGAGACAGGGAUGGCUGCUUUAAAGAAGCAGCUGGAAGAGGAGACCCUCCUGAGAGUGGACCUGGAGAACCGCUGCCAGAGCCUCAGCGAGGAGCUAGAGUUCCGGAAGAACAUGUUUGAAGAGGAGGUCAAGGAUACUCGCAGAAGUCUCGAGACCCGGUUGGUGGAGGUGGAUUCUGGUCGUCAGAUGGAGUAUGAAUUCAAGCUGGCCCAGGCGCUGUCUGAGAUGAGAGAACAGCAUGACCUGCAAGUGAAAAUCUACAAGGAUGAGAUGGAACAGACUUACCUUGCAAAGGUGGAGAACACCAGGCUGUCCUCUGAGAUGAACAGCAGCGCAGCCAACAUGGCCCAGGAGGAACUGAAGGAGACGCGCCUGCGGGUCGAGAGCCUGUCUGCCCAACUUGCAGCCUUGCAGAGAGAAUCGAGAGGCUGGCAGGAUAGAAUCAAUGAGCUGGAGAAUGCACUGGCAAGAGAGAAGGAUGCCAGCCGCAGAGUCCUGGCCGAGAGAGAACGAGAGAUUGCGGAGAUCAGGGAGAAAAUGCAGCAACAACUGAACGAGUACGAGGAACUUCUAGAUGUGAAAUUAGCCCUGGACAUGGAGAUCAACGCCUACAGGAAGCUGCUAGAGGGAGAGGAGGAGAGACUCCGGCUGUCUCCCAGCCCCUCGUCCCGGGUAACUGUGUCUCGUGCCUCUUCAAGCCGCAGUGUGCGCACAACUCGCGGCAAGAGAAAGCGUGUCGACGUGGAGGAGUCUGAGGCCAGCAGCAGCCUCAGCAUCUCCCAUUCAGCCUCCGCCACGGGCAACAUCUGCAUUGAUGAGCUGGACGUUGACGGGAAAUUCAUCCGCUUGCAAAACACGGCAGAGACGGAUCAGCCAAUGGGAGGUAUGGAGCUGAUUAGAACAAUUGGUGAAACCUCAGCCACUUACAAGUUUACCUCAAAAUAUGUACUGAAGGCUAACCAGAAGGUCACGAUCUGGGCUUCCAAUGCUGGAGUUGGAGCCAGACCUCCUACAGACCUUAUCUGGAAAAACCAGAGCUCCUGGGGUACCGGGGAAGAUGUGAAAGUUGUACUGAAGACUGCUCAGGGAGAGGAAAUUGCUCAGAGGACCACUGUCUUUCAAACCACUAUUCCAGAGGAAGAGGAGGAUGAGGAAGAUGUGGUUGAAGUGAGUGAGGAAGACCUUUUCCACCAGCAGGGAGAUCCAAGGGCAUCCAACAGAAGCUGUUCAAUUAUGUGAACAUCAACUAUACUUCCUGUAUUGCUUUUUUUUUUUUUUUUUUUAUUUAAGCUGCCGACAUCAGACCUUCCUCAGAAAUAAUACAUAUUUUUGUACCUUUUUUAUGUUUUUAAUUUUAUAAGAAGCCAUGGUUCUGGAACUUUUUUUUUUUUUUUUAAUUCUUUACAGUUCAAUGUACAACACUACUUUUUUUUUAAAAAAAGCACACAGUUAUGUAUUUUUCUGGUAAUGUGAAUCAAAUGCUUAACUUCACUACAUUUGACAGAUUUGUAUAAAUUGAUUUUUUUUUUAAAUUGAUUUAUUUAAUUGAGUUGAAUACUAUUGUGUAGUUUUAGGACUAUAGCAAAAGCCUUUAUACAAAGACUGGGCAGUUUGCGGUUUAAAAUUGAUGCUGGGUUACUCGUGUUGAGGUGCUGUGAAUUCUUUGUUACUUUUUUACUUUAAGUAAGAUCCUUUUUCUUUUAGAAUGUUUGUAAAGGCUGUUUACUUUUGGGUAAUUAGGUGGGAAACUGAAGGAUCUAGAAUCUGGUUUUAGUGUGAUGUGUACAUUAGCUAGGCAGGAAGCUGCAGUUUUGAAAUUUAGAUAUCCUUUUUACAAGUGAAAAUAAAAAUGUAUUAAACUUAUUUUAUUAAA